GGCCCCGCUGAGCGCGGCGCCUCUGAGGCACGUCCCCCCGGCCAAGCCCAGGGCUCCGCGGGCAGAACCGCUGUGGCGCCUCGCGCUGCAGCGUCCCCUGAAAGCCCCGUUAACUGUCCGGCGCGCGUGCUGCCUGUUCCCGCCUUCCGUGCAGCGCGGGCUGGGCUGGGCUGGUCCGCAAGUCGCGGCGGCGCGGACAUUGACGCACACGGUCCUUUAGACGUGUUGAAGGGAGAGUUUUCUCCGGCCGUCUCAAACGGCAGGUUUUUUUUUCUCUGCAGAAAAUAGAUUCUGCCACGUGCUGUAAUUACACCUUUCUCCCACCAAGGGCUACUGUGGCACCACAAGAGAGGGUAGCCCGCUCACUGGACGGAGCAACCAGCCGUGGAUAGCGAAGAGGAGAGGCUGUGUUCCUCACAGCACCCUGCCUGUGGGGCUAGACAGCUGUGGAGUAGCUGAAGUGCAUAGGAGAGGGGCUUCUACAUGUGCAUUUUGGGUGAUCUAUAAAUGUACACCAGAGUGCAUGUACUGAACUGUGACUUCCAAUUAUUUCUCCAAAAAGACAUGGGAAGUACAUUAUAAAGAAUAACACAUUUGCAGCUAUACUAAAAGUUGUAAUUCCAUCAAAAGAGACAAUGGAUUCUUUGUCUCCACCACCAAAAUUUUUAGACAUGGAUCUGAAGGUAACUCACGUAGAGUGCCAUCCAAAGGAAGUGCUUGUGACAUUUCAGGGGAAAUAUAAUACAGAAUACGACUUUGAUUACCACAUAUUGCAAAAGGAAAUACAGCAUGUAUCCAAAGUAAAGGACGGUAUUGGCAUUGGCGAGUUUUGUUUGGUGGAGGACAUAAAUAGAGAAUGGCAUAGAGGAAGAGUGCUGGAAAAGAGAGGGGAAAUCUGUGACGUGUUUCUCAUAGACAUUGGGAAAGUGCUAAUAGUUAAUGAAAUAAAUGUUUCUUCUGCAUGUGGUGAAUGGUUCCAGCUGCCUCCAAAGGUGGUGUGUGGUGUUUUUGCAAACAUACUUCCAGUUGGGGAAAAAUGGGGUCCAAAAGCUCUAAAUUAUUUUUCUUCUCUAAUAGGAUUACAGAUUAAAGGUCACGUGCAAGCCAUUUUACCAUACCAAUUGUUUCUCCUGGAAGUACCGAAAGUCACUAGCGAUGUUCUUGAACUGCAAUUAGGAAAACUUGUUGAUGGAUAUUCGUUUCGUCUUAUUGUAGAAAUGUUAAAGGAAUUACCUCAAGAGCUCCUUUGCAAACACAUGCCAGAUUUGCUGCAACAGAAGUACACAAGGCCAGAGUCAUCCUCUUUCAGCAAUGCUGAAAAUCUACCAGCAUUUCAGCCAAUUCUGGAUAGAUUCCUGCCUUCUUUAUCUGUUGGCAGUGUAGAGAAGGUAAAAAUAACUCUUGCAAUCAGUCCAAGCAAAUUUUAUUGUCAGAUGCUAAAAUGGCAGAAAGGGCUAGAAGACUUGACCACAACAAUGACUUUGCAUUAUGAAGCUGUCAGUAGGGAAAAUGUUCCAUCUUGUGAUAGUUUUGGAGCUCUCUGUGCUGCAAAAAGACAAAAAGGACAGUGGCACCGGGGAGUGAUACAGCAGCUCCUCUCUGAUGACCAAGUAAAGGUCUGGUUCAUGGAUUUUGGCACCAGUGAAGCUGUGCCUUCCAAUCAUGUUCUGAGACUUCAACCAGAAUUCACUUCCUUACCAAUGAUUUCAUUUCAGUGUGCACUGUCAUGUUUCAGUGAUCAGAGUGAAGCUGUAAAAAGAAAUUCUCAACUAAAAGAAUUUAAACAGGCCUUGUUAGGACAGACUGCUGUGUAUGCCAGCAUUGAUUUGUUCAAUGCCAAUGAAUGUUUGUAUUAUGUUACAUUAUAUAGUCAAGAAUCUGAAGUUAAUGCUAAAUAUCCACAACAGGUGAAUGAGGUAAUUCAAGCAUGUUCCCUAGUUUCUAGUACAGAUGUCACUAAUAUACUUGGAGAUAUCAAAGCUUAUGAAGAGAUCUGUGUUUCAGUUGAGAGUUUGAUUGGAAACACAGAACAAAUGGGAAACUGCUUAAUUGAAAAGGACCCUUCUUUAUCAAUCUAUUGCAAAACAGUAGAAAUGAAAAUAGAUUCUGUUCAUGUUGCUUUUGUCGAAUAUGUGUUGAAUCCAUCAAACUUCUGGAUUCAAACUAAUGACUACAACAAUGAGUUUCAAACCUUGAUGAAAAAUAUUGCAGAUGUGUAUAAUAGCUAUGGAGUUUAUGAUAAGAUUUACUAUCGAGGACUUAUCACUGAAGUGGAAGGUGUAAACAUUAACGUUUAUUUUUUGGAUUUUGGAAAUACAGAUACUGUACCCAUUCAUGAUGUGAAAACUUUGCUUCCAGAGUUUUGUAAAUUACCAGCACUUGCCAUGCAUUGUGCACUUGCUCAUGCAUUUCCCAUUGAGGAUGUAUGGGUUAAAAAAGAAACAGAUUUCUUUAAAAAGGUUGUAUUUGACAAACAACUCUUGCUUUAUGUCAUUGCAAAGCAAAAUGGCAAGUACAUUGUUAAUGCACAAUUUAUGGAUGGCUUGGAACAAAUAGAUGUUGUCAUGCAUAUGGUUCAGGCUGGAUAUGCUGAGUACUGGGAAGUGCAACCGGAUUCUCUUUUGAACUUUGUGAAAAAUUCUAAAGGCCUAAAUUCAAAAAACAAUAACAAAAAAUAUAUAAAUACACGAGGUACAUACGUUAUACCUAAAAGUAAAGUAUCAGCAACUAGAAAUAUCUGUAACAACAAACAGUUACUAAACACUUUUUCUGUGGCAAGAGAAUCACUUGAAUCUUUUCCAAAUUGGGAAAGUACUCUUUCCAGAAAGCAUUAUAUAAUAUCUGGGAGAAGUGACCGUAUGGGCUCUUAUAAAGAGUUAAUGUUCAAACCAGGAGCAGUUCUUGAUGUCAUAUGUUCUCAUAUUAUUUCUCCAUCCCAUUUUUUUUGUCAGUUGCAAAGCAAAUUAUCAGAACUAAUGAAUUUAAUGGAGCAAAUUCAGAAUUAUUAUGAAGUGCAUAGCAAUCCCUAUAAAACUGGCCAGAUUGCCUGUGUUGCAAAACACUCCAAGGAUGGAAAGUGGUACAGAGCAGCUUUUCUGAAACAAGUAUCCAGAAAUGAAGUUGAUGUGAUAUUUGUAGACUAUGGUAAUCAGGAAAGAGUUUUACUUAAGGAUAUUCAAGCUAUUCUUCCAGAUUUUUUAACUUUGGAAAGUCAAGCUUUUACAUGUAGUCUUAAGAACAUAAAUGAACCCUCACUAUUUUACCCAUUCAUUUGGACUAAAGAGGCGUGUAAGGAUUUUGGAGACUUCAUUUCUGCUUCCAGUGGGCUAUUGACUUGCGUCAUUUAUGCUCUAAUUCUUAUAAGGCCUAACUGCUUGUAUAAUUUAGUUGAUUUACAGACUCCAUUUAUUGGUGCACAGCAGUUUCUCAUAGAGCAUGGCCAUGGCCAGUCCCAAUUUUUUGGAUUCACAAAAGCACUUAAACCAUCAGUUUUUCUGUAUAGUUUUUGCUACUCAUCUUUUAAUAUAAAAGUAGGAAGUGAAGAGGAAGUAUAUAUAACGCAUAUAUACAGCCCUGCAAAAUUUUAUUGCCAGCUUAAUCGUAACACUGAAAUUAUAGACAAAUUGGUGAAGAAGAUUGCAGAGAUUAGUAACCUACCAAACAGUUCAGAAUAUGACCCGAAAAAAAUACGAUUAUGCAUAGCGAAAUAUUUUGAAGAUGGUCCUUUUUACAGAGCUUUGGCAUCUUCCAUGGGAUCAUCAUCCUAUGUACUGGCCUAUUUUGUGGACUUUGGGAAUAAACAGAUGGUAGUGAGAGACAAACUGAUGCCUAUUCCAGGUCAUGCCACAGAUUUACUAUUGACACCCAUGCAAGCCAUUAAAUGUUAUCUGUCAGAUCUUAGAGAGAGAGAAAUUCCAGUAGAAGUCAAUAAAUGGUUUGAGGAGAAUUUCAUGGGUAAACUAUUGAAGGCAGUAGUAGUAUCCAGAGAGUCAGAUGGCCAGAUUGGUGUGAAGCUAUAUGAUGGACAUAUCCAGAUAAAUCAGAAAAUUCUACAAUUAUUGUCUGAGAAUGAGAAAAAGUACACAGAGGAAUUGGAGCAUGUGAAAAGUUGUACAGAGCAGUCUGCUGAAAAUAGUAGGGAGGUGCACAAAGUAAAACCUGAUGAAGGUAAUGAAACAAAAGAUAAAAAUAUUGAGAGAAUUGCCUUGAAAACUGAAAUAAAACCUGAAGUACAUGAUAUAUCUUUUCAGACUGGUGUUCAAGAGGCUUUUGAAGAUAAAGAACAAACUGUGCUUGUUCCACAAAAAUUGUGCAGUAUGCCCUUUACACUACCAACAUUCCAUGGCAAUAAAGAGCCAGUUUGUAAAAAUGUUAUGAAUAUAUCUUUGGAACACAAAGAAAAAAAUGCAGAUGGAAUAUUUACUCCUGAAUCUCUACUUUGCCCUGUUUUCAAUUUGCAGGAAAUACCUGUAAAUAUUAUGACUGAAUUUUGCACCAACAAACUAAAUUAUACAGGUCAACAAGAAGGUAGGGUAAGUAGACCCAAAUAUAUCAAUCUUCCUCCACGUAACAUUGAGCUGAAUUCUCAGUUAGCAGGGUACAUUUCCAAUAUAAAUAGCCCAUCUAGUUUCUAUAUUCAGCUCGCAGAGGAUGAAAACGUAAUCAUUCAACUUGCAGAAGAACUAAAUGAAGGAAAAAUAAAUGUAGACCAUGAAAAUUACCUGAAUGAACUUGUGGCAGGGGAUCUUGUUUUAGCAGAAUAUGUAAUUGAUUGUUUCUUAUAUAGAGCAGUUAUUAAAACAGUUAGAUCAGGAAAAUCCUAUGAGGUAGAAUUCAUUGACUAUGGUAAUACAGCAGUUGUGAGUCCAUCAAAAAUCUACAAAAUUCAAGGAAAGUUCGUAACUUUGCCAAGGUUCAGUAUCCAUUGUUUCCUUAGUAGAGUAAAAAGUACUCAUCCUGAUAGAAGCUGGAGCAGCAAUGAUAUGUUCUACUUUUCCAGAAAAGUAAAUAAUAAACAAAUUACUUGUGUAUUUUUGCAACAAUAUGAACAACAGUGGGAGGUAGAUAUAAUUUGUGAUGGAAAGUCUGUGGUUAAUGAGUUAAUGCAGAGACAUGACAGCUCAGGAUUACAGAACACACCAAUGCUAAAUAUGGAAACUAAUACAGAACAAGACAUUCCAGUCACAAAUGCAGAACUAAGAAAGAACUCUAGAGUUCAUAACAAAUAUGAGGCUGUUGAGACUAGAAACAACUCUGAAAUCCUCUCUAAAAUCCCUAACCAAGAGCUAAAUCCUGGACAACUAGAAAUGGCAGAAAUAAUUCAUAUUUCAAAAUGUAGAAAUUUCCAUGUAAAAUUAAUGAGAAAUAGGCAAACAUUUUCGGAUUUAAAUGUAAUGGUUGCCAAAGAAGCAAAGAGAAACCGUUUGAUUGCAGUAGAAAAUAUUCAAGAAGGACUGGAAUGCUUGACAAAAUCUAAAAACACCUUGAAGUGGUACCGAUCAAAAGUGAUGAAGCUUAUUAGUGAGGAGAAAAUGUUAGUUUUCUUCAUGGAUCGUGGUAGAUGUGAAAUGGUAUCCUUGCGUAAUACAAAAAUGCUCAGUAAUGAGAUCAAGUGUAUUCCUAAACAAGCCAUAUUAUGUAAAUGGAUUUGGAUUCAAAAUUCAGGUAAAAUGUCAUGUGACUAUGUGAUAAAUAAAAUUGCAUAUCGUGAAAUAAAGCUCCUGUUUCUGAGAUACUUGGAAUCUUCUUGUAUCUGGGAAGUAGAUAUCUUAGUAGAUGGGAUUCUACUUUUGGAAUAUUUGAAUCAGAUCUCUGGGCAAGGCAAGAUCAACAAACCUAAUUGUACAGAAAGUGCAAAUAACGAGGCUUCUAAGACAUCUGUACUGUCUUUUAGAAUAAAUUCAGUUACAUGGGCGCUACUCCAAAGUGGUAAUCAAUACCCUGGAUUUGCAACUACAGUUACUGAUCCUUCAAACUUCUGUAUUCAAUUAGAAGACUUAUUUGACACUAUGAAAACCUUGUUUAUGCUACUUUCCGACCUUCCAGGCAAUUUGCCAACUUUGCCACAGGACCUUGUGACUCCUGGUGCAAGUUGUUUGAUCAAGUUUGGGAUGGAAACACAGUGGAACAGGGUAGAAGUUUCUGAAAUUUCAACUCAGUCUGUUGUUCUAAUGUUUAUUGAUUAUGGCUUUCCUGCAUAUAUUCCCUACUCAGAUAUUGACAAACUGAAAGUUGUUCCAGAAGAACUUAUUUGUUUACCACGAUUAUCUUACUCUUGCUUCUUAUCUGGUGUGAUUCCUGCUAAAGGGAAACACUGGAGUGAUGAAGCUAAGCUUGUGUUUCAGGAAUUUCUAUGUAAACAAGGCCUGAUUUUCCAGUUUAAGCAGUAUGGUUCUGGAAUGAAACUAGAGGUAGAUGUUCUGUGUGAGCAGAGUAAUCUAGCAGAUACCUUGGUUGCAGGUGGUCAUGCUAUCUACUGUAAAAGUACAUGCUGCCUUCUUGGACAUGACAAUACAAAACCAAUUGAACCAUGUUCACAACUUCAAAGUGCAGCACAGCAAUCACGUUUUCUGUAAAUUUCCGAAGCAAAACAUAGCCGUACUGAAAGGAGUUUCUUGGUACGUAAAAAAGAGAAUGCACAGCAGCAAACACCAGAUCUGCAACAUAGAAAUGCCCGUGGUACAGUUUCAAGAAGUAAUUCUACCACUAAAGCACAUUCUAGAAAAUGUCCCUGGAAGAAACCAAGUUCAUAUAGUAAUGGCAAAAAUACUGCAAACGAUUAACUUAAGUGUGACACAAAUUUAUUUAUGCAAUUUUCGGAUGAUAAGAAAUGUAACAUUUCCACAGAAAGUCUUACUGAAAAUCUGCCUCCAGAAGCAAUGAAUGAGACAUGUGACUCUGCUGACAUGAACACCAGAAUGAGGGAAAUGAAGAUUAGUAAAGAGGUGGCAUCAAAAGAAUAUAUGAAUAAUACAGAAGGAUUGGAUAAUGUCCUGCCACCUGGGGAAAAUAAAGGAUAUGAAAGCUUCUCAUUACAUCAACUAGAAUUUAACUUCUCUUGCUGCCAUUGGUAAACUAUUCAAAAUAGGUCUAAAAUUCUUUUAAAAUGCUAAAAUCCAUUUCAGAACUUAGAUUAAACUACAGUAUUCUAUUAAUAACAAAGUAAAAACAUACAUUGAAAUUCAUCAUUGUUAAUUUGUGUGUAGCAUGAUGAAAUAUCGAUAGUAUUACUUUGGAUCUGAUUAAACAUUUUGCAUCUGCUUGUGAAUAUCUUAAAAAUCAUUUUCCUCAUAGUUAAAGUAACUUAUAUUUUUAUAUCAUUUCUUUAUAUUCUUAGGUAAUUUUGAAUUAUGUGCAUUUGUUUGCAAAGUUGGAAGGAUAAGCACAUUUAUUUUCAUCUUUUUUUGUUUGUUUGUGUUGGGGUUUUUUUGUUAAGUAAAGCUGAACAGGACCUGGCCACAUCUACAGCUGUUAAUUUCACUGUUAAUUAUGGUAGGCUACUGGAUUUUUUUUCCAAUAUUAGAAUAUUGUUAAUGUGGCCACGUUUUUAAAUUUAUUUGUAAGUAAUUCUAAUACGUCGACCAAAUAUUAUGAAGUGUAGCAUACAAAUGACAACCAUUGUAAAACAGCAGUUCCAAAUGUUUAUUAAUUUCAACCAAAUGUUCUAGAAAUUGAAAGUGUGUAAAUUAAUUUAAAAGAUUGCUGAAUGUCUUUAGUAAAGUUUCAAACAUGGAAAAGUGUUGUGUGUGUGUGUGUAUUUUUGAGUGCGUGUCUGUGUGUAUAAUACCGGGGUGGGGGAGGGACCUUCUUUAAGUCCAAAUCUAGAUUAUAACCAUUUUAGGGUUUAUACCAUACCUAAGUGUGUUGGACCAUGCUUUGGCAUUGCAUACUCUUGUGCAGCUCUCAUUAAUUUUCCUCUUUUAUCCCAGCUACAGUAGCAUUUGUGCUGUGUAUUGGAAGGGAGAAAAUGCAACACUUUAAUUUAACUUAAUCAACUUUGUUUUCAGGUGUUUGUAUUUGAAAGGAAUUGACAUACUUUUAAGCCUGAAAAUCCUAAAGAAUAUUUUUCCCAUUGGCUUUUAACCAAACUUGAUACUAAAUAUAACUGAAGCUUAUGUUUCAUUAAAUUUGAUCAUAAGAGAGCUUUUUUAUUGCUAAUCAUUUGAGUGUAUAUUUUUAAUUUGUAUAUAUUGCCUAGUAUUGCUUAUACAAUAUAAUUGUUUAAUUUUCUAUUGAUGAUAUAUACAUAUUACAGCAAAAUGGUUGUAUUAUGUUAGAAAAAACAUAGUAAGCUCAAAUAUUUUAUACAUGCAUAUAUUAAUACAGCUUGUGUUUACUCUCUGUCAUACACAUAGUAAAUCUCCAGAGUUUUAAUGUGUUGGAUAUGGCAAGCCAUGGCGAAAUUAUUUUGAAUAAUUAAUUUCGUUUUGAGGUUCACUUAGGUUUAGGUGGUUGGUAAAUGAUGUGAAAAAGGAUAAGUACCAACAUUUCAAAUCUGGUUAGAAUUAUGUGCAUUUAUUUUCUGAAAACGUUUUUCAGUAUAUAUUUUGUGUGUAAACUGUGUUAUCUUGUUUAAAUAAAAAUUGUCUUCACUAAAGUAAUUCAUAA